GAGCUGGAAAUUGGAGGUGUGAUGAUGAAUGUUGUUAUUGCAUGUGCCUCCCAAGUUGGAUGUGCAAUGGAUGAGAAAGAUUUUUGGAGUGAGUUGGAUGAAAUGAUGAACAGUGUACCCAAGGGACAGAAAGUGGUGAUUGGAGCAGAUUUCAAUGGACAUGUUGGUGAAGGGAACAGAGGAGACGAGGAGGUGAUGGGUAGGUAUGGUGUCAAGGAGAGGAAUGAAGAAGGUCAGAGGAUAGUGGAUUUUGCCAAAAGGAUGGACAUGGCUGUGGUGAAUAUGUAUUUUAAGAAGAGGGAGGAACAUAGGGUGACGUACAAGAGCGGAGGAAGAUGCACACAGGUAGAUUGCAUCCUAUGCAGAAGAGUUGAUCUGAAGGAGAUUGAAGACUGCAAAGUGGUGACAGUGGAAAGUGUAGUUAAACAGCAUAGGAUGGUGGUCUGUAGGAUGAUGUUGGAGAUCAAGAAGAGGAAGAGAGUGAGGGCAGAACCAAGGAUCAAAUGGUGGAAGAUGAAAAAGGAAGACUGCAAGGUUGAGUAGAGGGAGGAGGUGAGACAGGCACUGGGUGGCAGUGAAGAGUUACCAGACAGCUGAGAAACUACAGCAGAUGUAGUAAGGGUGACAGCAAGAAGGGUGCUUGGCGUGACAUCUGGAAAGAGGAAGGAGGAAAUACAGGAGAGUAUACAGAG